UUGGGCUUCACAAGUGAUCGCUGCUGUCUAGGAUUUUGUUGCUUUUGGGGAGGGAGCCCUGACUUCCUGGCUCCGUUGAGCCCGAUCGUGUGCGGAACUCCAGAGGACCCCGUAGUCCCGGGGUCUUCACCGAGGCAGCCCGAUCCCCAGCCCCCUGGGCGCCGGCAGCGAGACUCUGGGACCCCUCCUCUUGCCCGCCACCCUGGCCAGGCAACAGAACUUGCUCCGAGGAUAUUUUGGAGGCUCUACCUGCCGAGCCCGCAAGCAUCUCUUCUACCCCCAGGACCAGCCUCCCCCUCCUCCAGCUGUUACCACUGGAGGAGGAAGAACCAGCCAACCCGGGGACAGCUUUUAUUUUUGUAUUGCGCCCCUCCGGGGAACGGUGAAGUGCUUCUUCUGCAUGGUUUUAGCCGAAGGAUGCUCUGCAUUUCUUUGAUUUCUAUGGAGACCUCAGAGCUGUGUAUGUCCCUGCUGACUCCUCAUCUUCCAACUUCUCUACUUCCCAGGGUCUUUGCCUCGAUCUGUAGCUUGGCAUUGCCCUUGGGUUCGGGAAGCGUUUGAUGAACUUAAGGGGAGAACCUGACAAGUCAUCCUGAUAGGCUUGCGCGGCAAUGGCUGAACGUACAUCAAGUCACUUCUUAACAUGGGUCAAGCAGUCACCGGAAAACAAGUGCUAAGCCUAGAGGUUCUUUUGUGCUUCAUUUAAAUUUGAUGGACUGAGCUUUGGACAAUUUCCUGGGCAGAAAAAAAAUACACAUAUAUUUCAUUUUCUAGGCACACUGCUGGCUGUCAGAUCCUUUCUGCUUUUGAAUCAUCGUGCAGCAGCAUCCUGGACCAAUUUCCAAAUUUGAACAUCUAUUCCUGAACAUCGGUGUUGGGGAGACACCCCCCCUACCUUCUCUGACUUAGGCUUCAGAGUGCUGGGCUGUUCAGCCAAGCUCUGGACAGCAAUCUCUGGGUAGCCAGAGCAUGGGGCAUGCUGAUUUAAAAACAGAAAAUGCAAAAUUGGACUGAAACUGCCCUUAGUCUUCCAAGCAAUCUGCUUAAGGCUUCCAAACCUACCUUCAUUUGGUGAGACAAGAAGCUGCCCUAUUUUCCUUCUCCAACUGGAAGCAGCCAUUCCCCAAACCCACCGCCAUGGAGGUGGCGAUGGUGAGUGCCGAGAGCUCAGGGUGCAACAGCCACAUGCCUUAUGGCUAUGCGGCGCAGGCGCGGGCCCGGGAGCGCGAGAGACUUGCUCAUUCAAGGGCAGCUGCAGCAGCCGCGGUGGCAGCAGCCACGGCUGCUGUUGAAGGCAGUGGGGGCUCUGGAGGGGGCUCCCACCACCACCACCAGUCCCGUGGGGCCUGUACCUCUCACGACCCUCCAAGUGGCCGCGGUAGCCGGAGGAGGAGGCGGCGGGGACAACGGCCUGAGAAGAAGAAAACCCAUCAGGGUCAAAGCAGUUUCCCCCAUUGCACCGACCUGAUGCCCAGCGGCUCCGAGGAGAAGAUCCUGCGAGAGCUGAGUGAGGAAGAGGACGAGGAGGACGAGGAGGAGGACGAGGAGGACGAGGAGGAGGAAGAGGAGGGAAGGUGUUACUAUAGUGAUGAUGAAUAUGGCGACGAAUGCUCCUACACGGACUUGCUGCCGCAGGAGGAUGGGGGAGGUGGAGGCUACAGUUCGGUCCGCUACCGGGACUGUUGCGAGCGCGUGGUGAUCAAUGUGUCAGGCUUGCGCUUUGAGACCCAGAUGAAGACGCUGGCCCAAUUUCCAGAGACUUUGUUGGGAGAUCCCGAGAAGAGGACUCAAUACUUUGACCCUUUGCGAAACGAGUAUUUCUUUGACAGGAACCGGCCCAGCUUUGAUGCCAUCUUGUAUUAUUACCAAUCCGGAGGCCGCCUGAAGAGACCCGUCAACGUCCCUUUUGAUAUCUUCACCGAGGAGGUGAAGUUCUACCAGUUGGGCGAGGAGGCCCUGCUCAAGUUCCGGGAGGACGAGGGCUUCGUGAGGGAGGAGGAGGACAGGGCGCUGCCCGAGAAUGAGUUCAAGAAGCAGAUUUGGCUUCUCUUUGAAUACCCCGAGAGCUCCAGUCCAGCCAGGGGCAUAGCCAUCGUAUCCGUCCUGGUCAUCUUGAUCUCCAUUGUCAUCUUUUGCCUGGAAACCUUGCCCGAGUUUAGGGAUGACAGGGAUCCCAUCAUGGCCAUGGGUGCUGGUGGGCAGAGCGCGUUGUUGAACGACACCUCGACGCCCCACCUGGAGAACUCGGGCCACACGAUCUUCAACGACCCCUUUUUCAUUGUGGAGACAGUCUGCAUUGUGUGGUUUUCCUUUGAGUUCGUGGUCCGCUGCUCUGCGUGUCCCAGCCAGGCGCUCUUCUUCAAAAACAUCAUGAACAUCAUUGACAUUGUCUCCAUUUUGCCUUACUUCAUCACCCUGGGCACUGACCUGGCCCAGCAGCAGGGAGGUGGCAACGGACAGCAGCAACAGGCCAUGUCCUUUGCCAUCCUCAGGAUCAUCCGACUGGUCCGAGUGUUCCGGAUCUUCAAACUCUCCAGGCACUCCAAAGGCCUGCAGAUCUUGGGCCACACCCUGCGAGCCAGCAUGCGGGAGCUGGGCCUUCUGAUCUUCUUCCUGUUCAUUGGGGUCAUCCUUUUCUCCAGUGCCGUGUAUUUCGCAGAAGCCGAUGAGCCGACGACCCAUUUCCAGAGCAUCCCCGAUGCCUUCUGGUGGGCCGUGGUGACCAUGACAACUGUGGGCUAUGGGGACAUGAAGCCCAUCACUGUGGGGGGCAAGAUCGUGGGGUCCCUGUGUGCCAUUGCAGGUGUCUUAACCAUUGCGUUGCCAGUGCCAGUGAUUGUCUCUAACUUUAACUAUUUCUACCACAGAGAGACUGAAAAUGAGGAACAGACCCAGCUGACGCAGAACGCAGUCAGUUGUCCAUACCUACCUUCCAAUUUGCUGAAGAAAUUCCGUAGCUCUACUUCUUCCUCCCUGGGGGACAAGUCAGAGUAUUUAGAGAUGGAAGAAGGGGUUAAGGAGUCUCUUUGUGCAAAGGAGGAGAAGGGGCAGGAAAAGGGAGAUGACAGUGAAACGGAUAAAAACAACUGUUCGAAUGUGAAGGCUGUGGAGACAGACGUGUGACUCUCUUUUUCCACCCGGCCCUCCCUUCCUCCCCUCAGCAUCUCCAAAUAUAUUUAUGCAUAGAGAGUGCAGUUAUGAAAAUGAAAUAUGCAAAUGAGUCCAAUGCAUACAGUAGUACACCAUUUAAUGGUUAUACACGACAAUUGUUACUAAACUUGUAUUACAUAUCAAAUAAAUGACACAUCUUGGUGAAGAGGGAGGCUUAAAUAGGAGCAAAUCUAUCUUUAUAUUUUUUAUUGGACUGCAAACAUUUUGCACAUUAACUGGAAAAGAUGUUAACAGUAAAGAAAGUUCCACAGAGAGAAUGUGUGCCUGAGUGAAUGUGCGUGUAUGUGUGCGCACUUGUGUGUGCAUAUGUGUGUGUGGUGUAGGUAAAUUGUCAACAUUGUUAGUAACUGUGCAGUGUUGGGAAAAGUUGGCAUUUUGAAGUAUUUACUAUGUAAGAAUUAAUGAAUUUGAGCAGUCAUUGAUCAGUGCUUUAAUAACAUCUUGUAUGUCUUUGAAUUCCAUAGUUACUGUUUUUAAAAAAUUGUAAGAAUUACUGUGUAGAAAAAAGAGAGAGUAACUUAUUUAAUAGAAUAUAGGUCACAAUUUUAUCUUGGAUUUAAUUAAAGUUUAUUUUUAACUGGAAAUUAACUUUUAAAAAGGCCAAAGGGGUCUUUAGAAAUCAAUUAUAUUUUAUUAUUAAUUUUGGGAAGCUAUAACAGCAAAUACCUAAUAUUAUGGAAUAAAUGAAGUCAGAGGCGAUAUAACGAGUUUUGUUGCAGAUAAACAGGACUGGAAUGCUGCUGCCUUUUUUUUCCUUUCUCCUUUGCACUAUUUUAUAUGCUGGAGAUUGAGAGAGACUUCAUACUGUGAAUGUUUACUAAUGUAACAGUUCAAUGACAAUCAUUGGAAGAAUGACUUCUUAGUCUUAUUUUAUUGUUCUCUUCUUUGUGUGAGACUAAUGGCCACGCAGAUAACAGCACACGAUUCCCUCCUUUUUUUCAAAUUGAAAUAAGUGAUCUGCAAAGGGAUGACCAACUAAAAUUUAGGAACUGAAUCUUUUGAAAUUGGUCUGUUACGAUGAUGCUUCUGAAACCAUUCUGUUUUAAAUACUCUACCUUUUCAGCCCAGAAUAAUUUAACCAAAGUUAAUGCAUGCACUGAAAGAAUUCUUGAAGAAAUAAGAUGCCCAGCAGCUACAGUGAUUAUGGCUUCAGAUCUUUCUAUUAAACAUGCAACAUCAA